CAACUCCAAUCGUCAUCCCACGUUCGUUUCGUCCCGUUGACAUAAGGUCGCAUGCAGGGCCUAUAAAUGCCGCACGUAGCCACCCUUUGUUCCCCCAAGUCACAAAAUUAACAUGGCUAGUUCCAAGGUCCUAGCUGUUGCACUCCUGCUAUUGCUCAGCGUCGAGCUCAUUGCUGCCGGAAGAGCGGCCAUCCAUGCCACCGGCGGUGGAGGAGGAGGAGGAGGAGGAGGAGGUCGUGGUGGUGGUGGUGGAGGUGGAUGGUUGGGCUCAGGCUAUGGCUCCGGCUACGGCUCUGGAUAUGGGUCAGGCAGUGGCUCUGAGUACGGCGGUGGCGAGGGAGGUGGAGAAGGCGGCGGCGGCGGCGGCGGGUCUGGCUAUGGUUCUGGUGGGGGUAGUGGUUCUGGUUACGGGUCGGGGUAUGGCUCCGGAUAUGGCUCUGGAGGUGGUAGGGGAGGAGACGGAUAUGGUAGAGGCGGAGGCGGUGGUGGAGGUGGAGGGUCGGGUUAUGGGAGUGGCACCGGUGGCUCUGGUUAUGGUUACGGAAGCGGAAGUGGUUCGGGCUAUGGUUCUGGAGGAGGUUAUGGGAGUGGUGGAGGCGGUGGUGGUGGCGGUGGUGGCGGUGGUGGUGGCUCUGGGUAUGGAAGCGGAUCAGGAUAUGGCUCCGGUUACGGUAGUGGGUCGGGAUAUGGAGGAGGUGCCGGCCUUGGUGGAGGAUAUGGGAUGGGAGGUGGCGGCGGUGGUGGCGGUGGUUCCGGCUAUGGCUCGGGUCUUGGACAAGGGUCCGGAUAUGGGUCUGGGUACGGGUCUGGAUAUGGGUCGGGCUAUGGUGGUGGAGGUGGUUGAUUUGAGCGAGUAUUGUUCGGAAUAAGGAUGGCUGGGCAGUCUAUAUCUUUUCCCAUUGCUUAGCUUUUUGGGAUUUGCUAUUCUGUUUUAGAUAUCCUGCUUUGUGUUAUCGAAUAAUAAAACAGAAAACCGUAUGUAAUUCUGCAUGCUGACUCUAUUGUAAGUGAUGAUAGAGGUCGUGAUAUAUUAAAAAUAUUCCAAGUAAAUUGCUGUUCUCGUACCUUUCUAUGUUUUCUUUGUUAUUUGAAUAGGUAAGAGGAUUGAAAGAAUGGAGGAUCAGGAAAUUUUGCAGUCAGGACGGGGUGUUCCAACGGUACUAUCGUAGUUCUCUUGAAGCCACCAGGUAUCAACCAACUCCCAGGAGAGCAUAGUUUUCUCAGGUUUCUCUACUGCAGCAGCAAUGGUCCAAGCCUUUAUAAGGAAGCAUUUACUUAAAAUAUAGCCUCAAUUUUUAUAUUUAAAUUUAUCAUAAUGGCCUCUCCCUGGUUAGCAACACAAGUUCCCGCGGACCACCUUAUAAAUAGCCUCUGUUGCAACCCCUCUAUCGUUUAGGUAGCAAUUUUAAUUUGUUAUCCCAGCAGCCAGCAGGGGUAGGCUGCAAAGAUCAUUCAAUCAUGUAGAGCUGUAGUUGUUGACUGUUUUUGCGAAAAAGAUUUAAUUAAAGGACUCAAAAAGAAUGUUUGAAAUUGAUCGGGCAUCAGGCAUCUAACAAUUAAGAGCAAGUUGCCUUUUUUUUUUUUUCCUCAUUAUUGGAGGUUAAUUUGCAAGCUAGCAUGCAACAGGCUCGUCAGAAAUGUGUUCACAACCUCUUCCAUGUAUUUGUUUCUGAACUUCAAAGAUAUCAAAUGCUGUUUUGCUCUAUCUCUAUGGAAGAUCGCUGUCCCGUUGAAAAUCGGAUGCUUCAUGUAGUUAUAUUGGAGGAGUAAACUCAAUACCAGAGAUCUUCUGGGUAAAAAGCUUAGCCAAUGCUUAAGAAAUUGUGCAAUCCGUGGAGAAGUAUCGGAAACUGUUAAUCAUUUGUUCUCCAAUUGUUAUUUUUUCUCUGACAUUUAGAAAUUAUUCUGCUCAUCACUUUGAGUUUUUCAUCCUCA